AUGGAAGAAGAAACUGUAAUCCAUGCUUUGGUCACAUGCUCUCAUGUUAAACAAGUAUGGGAUCGUGUUGGAAUUGGAACAACUAUCCCUCAUGAUCAUACCUCUUUCUUAGAAUGGUGCUUUGGAGUUUUUUCUGGUGUAGAUGCAAGCAAGAAAUGCUUAGUGGCAACGCUCUGUUGGGCGAUCUGGAGCGCUAGGAAUGAGUUUGUUUGGCAAAAAAAGGUGGUGAACACUGAAGGAAUUGUGGUGUUGGCAAAAGGUUAUCUUGAUCAAUGGACAAAUGCUCAAAAUACUCUUAUUGAGUCAUCAUGGUCUGGUUUUCAGACGGGUGAUGGGGUUGAGCAAUGGUUCGCUCCAAGUAAAAAUAGUAUCAAGAUUAAUGUUCACGCUGCUCUUUUCGAAGGGGGAACCAACUAUGGCUUAGGAAUGGUAGCUCAUGACCACCAAGGCUUCCUUAUUGAGGGCUGA